AUGGCCGACGCACUAAAAGCAGAGGGCAACAAGCUCUUCGCCGAGAAGAAAUUCGCCGAGUCUAUCGAGAAGUUCUCACAAGCCAUAGAGCUCGACCCCUCAAAUCACGUUCUCUAUUCGAACCGAUCAGGUGCAUAUGCUUCUCUAAAAGAUUGGCAAAAGGCCCUUGAGGAUGCAAACAAAGUUACCGAGAUCAAGCCAGACUGGGCCAAAGGUUGGGGUCGCAAGGGAACGGCGCUGCACGGCGAGGGUGAUCUGGAUGCCUUCGAUCAGGCACUCAAACUAGACCCAAACAAUGCCCAAGCGAAAUCAGGCCUCGAAGCCGUCAAGCGCGCGAUUGAGGCCGAAGCCAACGAUGAUGGAGCGGGCCUUGGUGGCAUGUUCAGCGAUCCAAACAUGAUCCAAAAGCUUGCCGCCAACCCCAAGACAGCUGCUCUGCUCGGCGAUGCAGAGUUCAUGGCUAAGCUACAGCAACUGCAGAAGAACCCGAACGCGGCCGGUCAAUUCAUGCAGGACCCGCGUUUCCUCCAAGUCAUGAGCGUGCUACUGGGCAUUGACAUGUCAUUCGGUCAAGGACCAGGCGCUGGCGGUGCAGGUGCUGCAGGCUCAAAGGAAGCCGAGGAGGACGUCGAGAUGCCCGAUGCGAGACCAGCACCAGAGCAACCCAAGAAGGCACCUGAGCCGGAGCCAGAGCCAGAGCCAGAGCAGGUUGAAGAGACUGAGGAGGAAAAGGCCGCGAAACAGGCAAAGGCCGAGGCUGAUGAGUUGAAGAAGAAGGGCACUGAGUUCUACAAAAAGCGACAAUUCGACGAGGCUAUUGAGCACUACACCAAGGCUUGGGAGACACACAAGGACAUCGCAUACAAGACCAACCUUGGAGCGGCCAAGUUUGAGAAGGGUGACUAUGAAGGCUGCAUCCAGGCUUGCAAUGAGGCUGUUGAGUACGGUCGCGAGAUUCUUGCAGACUUCAAGAUCAUCGCAAAGGCGUUCGCACGUAUCGGUACCGCAUACGAGAAGAUGGGCGACCUCGAAAACGCGAUUAAGUACUACCAAAAGGCGCAAACUGAACACCGCACACCCGAAGUCCUUGCAAAGCUCCGCGCUGCCGAAAAAGCCAAGAUCCAGAAAGACAGGGAAGCCUACAUCAACCCUGAAGAAGCGGAGAAGGCACGAGAACUAGGCAACGCAAAGUUCAAGGAAUCCGACUGGCCUGCUGCCGUCGAAGCCUACUCCGAGAUGAUCAAACGCGCACCAGACGACCCAAGAGGCUACUCCAACCGCGCAGCCUGCUUCAUCAAACUCCUCGAGUUCCCCUCCGCCGUUCAAGACUGCGACGAAGCCAUCAAGCGCGACCCCAGCUUCAUCCGCGCCUACCUCCGAAAAGCCCAGGCCUACUUCACCAUGCGCGAGUACAACAAGUGCAUCAACGUAUGCUCCGAAGCCAUGGAACACGAUAAAGACGGCAAGAAUGCAAGGGAAAUUCAGCAACAAGAGGCAAAGGCUCUGCAGGCACAGUACUCGGCUCGUGAGGGUGAGUCUGAGCAGGAGACUAUGGAACGCAUCCAGCGUGACCCUGAGAUCGUCGGCAUCCUCCAAGACCCCGUCAUGCAGGCUAUCCUGCAACAAGCCAAGGACGAUCCUGCUGCCCUGCAGGAGCACCUCAAGAACCCGAGCAUUCGUUCCAAGAUUCAGAAGUUGGUGCAUGCGGGUGUUAUCCGCAUGGGCCGGUAGAAGAAUCGCCGUUUCCUAGCAUGUUUAAAAAGACUAUAUGAGGUAUGAUGACGAAACCUUUACCUUUAUUGUUCUCUUUCUGUAGGAAGGUAGCAAAUGAGAGGAGGCUUUUGUAUGUUUAUAUAGGUGUUUUUUUCUUCUUCACUCUACUGGGCUUGGUUAGCAAGGAUUUCUUUUCAACACGAUGCAUAGCGGGUAGUGGUAAUGAAUUAUGUAUGAAUUCUC